AUGGUGAAUGCUGCUCUUGGGAUCAUUGGUUACUAUUCUCAACCUUGUCUUUUACACUACAGUGUCAAAGAAAGAACAAAAAAACAAGGCUCUUUGAAGAACCGUUAUGUAGAAAAUGGAAUAGUGUUUCUUCCUCUUAAGCAGAGCUUGGAUGAAGCUAUCAAGAGCCAGGAGAUUGGACUCUUUGGAAGCCUCUUCGAAUUCAUCCCAGGAGACUACAGCAAACGCGUGUACCAGGGGGUGAGAGUGAAGCACACAGUCAAAGACCUCCUGGCAGAAAAACGGUCCAAACAGACAAGUAACUCAAGAUUCAAUGGUGCCGUCAGCUCCUCUCAGUCUGCAUUUGCCCAGAUGCCAGGCUCGCCGGCCAUGUCGGGCUACUACGGCGUCAGGAGGUCCUUCCUGUCGGACUCCGACUUCCACAGCAGCAAACCGUUUCCAAACGACGGCUACACCCCGAGCGUGGCGAAGCCCUUCCCCUGCGAGGCCCCGCUGGAGCCCUGCUUCCCCGAGCCCUACGCGGACUACCGCUCCCCGGCGCUGGGCCCCGGCGCGGGCUCGCUGCUCGGCGCCUCCCCGCUGCCGCCGCCGCCGCUGCUGCCGCCGCCCUUCCCGGGAGACCCCGCUCACUUAGUGCUUAGGGACUCGUGGGAGCAGACGGUGCCCGAGGGUCUCAGCCAGCCAGAGCCCCUGCCCGCCGACGCCCUGCAGGCCUUGCCACCCAGCGCCAGCUGCCUGUCCCAGAUGGAGCCAGGAGGCGCCACCCAGCACAGGAGCUCGAGCUGGGCGCCCUCGCUGGCGGGGGCCCAGUCCUACUCGCUGCACACGCUGGAGGAGCUGCAUCACACAGCCGGGUACCCCACCCCGCCUCCCUACCCCUUUGCUCCUUUCAUGACCAUGGCAAACGAUCUACCGCCCAAGGUGGUGUCGCUCGCCCCCGACGAGGGGGCCGACCCCUCUCCUCUUCACGACCCUUCAGCUUGGACCAAAGACGACGGCAGCAUGGCCUGGGGGUCGUAUGAGUGCCGCAGAGCCUACUGACGGGGUGGUCCCAGGACUGCCCCGCUUCUCUGUCAGGUGGGCUCUGUGUUCCACAGAUGGCUGUCGGGUGUCAGCCUGCUCGGGAGGAGCCGUAAUGCCACACCUUGUGAGGGGACAGCAGCGCUGACUUGUAUCGCUCCCCGCCAGAACCCCGCUG